CGUUUGAGCCAAGUACCGCUCCCUACCCGACGCUCCCUUCUUGGGCUUCGUCGUUUCCAAUUCAGGUUUAGACACCCUUCUUUGUCCAUUGUAAAGUGGUGCAACUGCUUCUAUGGGGAAGAAGAAAACCGAGGAAUCUGCAUCGGUCGCGAAGGGUAAGGCGGGCAGCAAGGAUGGAGCAAAAGAUGGCAAGAGAGAGAAGCUCUCGGUAUCAGCCAUGCUAGCCAGCAUGGACCAAAAGCCAGAAAAGCCAAAGAAGGGAUCGUCGUCUUCUUUGAGCAGUAAUGCUGGUAAAUCUAAGGCAAAAACAACUUCAAAACUCCCAUCUUAUACAGAUGGACUUGACCUUCCUCCUUCUGACGAGGAAGAAGAAUAUGCAUCUGGUGAAGAUCAAGUGGAGAAUGAAGCUAGCAAACGCCUCAGCCGGCAGCAGAGGUCUGAAACAAAGGCCCUUGAUGUAAACCUAAGCGAGAAAGAGAUGAAGAAGAGAGAAAAGAAGGACACGCUUGCUGCGUAUGCUGCAGAACAAGCUAAACAGGAAGCUCUGAAGGAUGACCACGAUGCUUUCACUGUUGUCAUUGGUAGCCGAGCUUCUGUUCUUGAAGGUGAAGAGGAAGCAGAUGCUAAUGUGAAGGAUAUUACUGUUGACAACUUCUCUGUCUCAGCCAGAGGAAAAGAACUUCUAAAGAACACAUCAGUGAAGAUAUCUCAUGGGAAGAGGUAUGGUCUGAUUGGACCAAAUGGUAUGGGCAAAUCUACAUUGUUAAAGCUGCUUGCUUGGAGGAAGAUACCAGUCCCUAAGAAUAUCGAUGUUCUUUUGGUGGAACAAGAAGUAACUGGUGAUAAUAGGUCCGCUUUGGAAGCAGUUGUAUCUGCCAAUGAAGAGCUGGUCAAGGUUAGACAAGAGGUAGCCUCAUUACAAAACUUAUCUUCUGUCGAUGGUGCUGAUGGAGAAGGUGAAGACAGUAAUGAAGAUGAUGCUGGGGAGAAGCUGGUCGAGUUGUAUGAGAAAUUGCAGAUCUUGGGGUCAGAUGCUGCUGAGGCUCAGGCGUCGAAAAUUCUAGCUGGGUUGGGAUUUAGCAAACAAAUGCAAGCUCGUCCGACCAAAUCAUUCAGUGGUGGUUGGCGAAUGAGAAUAUCGCUGGCUAGAGCCCUUUUUGUGCAGCCAACUCUUCUGUUACUGGAUGAACCCACCAACCAUCUUGACCUUAGGGCUGUUCUGUGGUUAGAGGAAUACUUGUGCAGGUGGAAGAAGACUCUUGUUGUUGUCUCACAUGAUCGAGAUUUUCUCAACACUGUUUGCACUGAUAUCAUUCAUCUUCAUGACCUGAAACUCCACUUUUAUCGAGGCAACUUUGAUGAUUUUGAAAGUGGGUAUGAGCAGCGGCGGAAAGAAAUGAACAAGAAGUUUGAGAUUUAUGAGAAGCAGGUCAAAGCUGCCAAGAGGUCUGGAAACCGUGUUCAGCAGGAAAAAGUUAAAGAUCGGGCGAAGUUCACCGCAGCCAAGGAAGCAUCGAAGGGCAAGUCAAAGGGCAAGGUUGAUGAAGAUGAGCCAUUAGCAGAGGCACCAAAGAAAUGGAGGGAUUACAGUGUGGAGUUUCACUUUCCAGAACCUACCGAGCUUACUCCACCGCUCUUGCAGCUAAUUGAGGUCAGCUUCAGCUAUCCAGGUCGAGAUGAUUUUAGGCUCUCGAACGUCGAUGUAGGUAUUGAUAUGGGAACUCGUGUUGCUAUUGUUGGGCCAAAUGGAGCUGGGAAAUCUACUUUACUGAAUCUCCUUGCUGGGGAUUUGGUUCCAACUGAGGGUGAAGUACGGAGGAGUCAGAAGUUGAGAAUUGGCAGGUACUCGCAGCACUUUGUGGACCUACUGACCAUGGAAGAAACACCGGUUCAGUAUCUUCUCCGUCUCCAUCCAGAUCAGGAGGGUCUUAGCAAGCAGGAGGCUGUCCGAGCAAAGCUUGGUAAGUUUGGUCUUCCCAGUCACAAUCACCUCACUCCUAUUGCAAAAUUAUCCGGAGGUCAGAAAGCUCGUGUGGUCUUCACUUCGAUAUCCAUGUCGAAACCGCACAUAUUGCUGCUGGACGAGCCAACGAAUCAUUUAGAUAUGCAGAGUAUUGAUGCUCUGGCUGAUGCACUGGACGAGUUCACUGGUGGAGUCGUCCUCGUGAGUCACGACUCUAGGCUUAUAUCACGUGUUUGUGAUGAUGAAGAGCAAAGUGAAAUUUGGGUUGUAGAAGAUGGAACUGUUAAAUUUUUCCCAGGAACGUUCGAAGAGUACAAGGAGGAACUUCAAAGAGAAAUCAAAGCUGAGGUUGAUGAGUGAUAUGCCAUACAAAGUGGCCUAGGUCUUGCUAGUUCUGAUACCAUAGGCGCAAUUUUCCUCACUUAUAUUAUAGCUGUAUUCGUUUGUUUUAAUGCUUGAGGAAAGAUGCAAUCUUCAUUUGAUGAGAGUAUCGAGACACCUGUAUCACAUUUUAAUAAUGAAUGAAUGGAACAUUACUUUUCCAGCAUAAAAA